UUUUGGCAACAUACUUUAAUACUUUUACUUGGCAUUUUGUUUUUUCUGCCAAUCACGAGAAAGUAUUAAAAAAUUGGAAUUCAGGUGCUACUGUGAUAGGAGCGUCUCUGUGAUUUUGAUACGAAAAUCAUUUUCAUUGGUUUAAAUUCAGUCAAUUUAAAGUUUUCUAAAAGUUUUGAAGAGGUUUUGAAUAAAUGCUGGCGGUUUGAUUUCGUCGGCAAUAUUUUGGACAGUGAAUAUUUUGACAAUGGCUAUAUUAUAUUUGUUUAGCUAAAUUAUGAACAUCCAUAACAAUUAUAAUACACAAUGGCUCUAAGCGGGUUUAGAAAGAUAGAAAAUGAAGCGGGCUACCCGUGUUAUAUUGAUGAAGCAACUGGAAGGCAGCAAAAUGACCAUCCGGAGUUCUGCAAGAUCAUGGAAUCUCUGGAAGAGUACAACGGGAUUAAAUACAGCGCGUAUCGUAUCGCCUUCAAGGUGUUUGCCCUGCAGAGACAGCUUAGGGUUCCAGCUCUACGCAUCAGUUCCGGAGUGUUCGCUCGUCACCAGCUAAGUUUAUCAGAGACCAGCUUAUCGCUGGAUACGGCAGAACUGGAGGCUGUACUGGCUGACAUAUACUUUGCUGCGGAGAAAGAAGGCCUGUUCACAGGGGAUGUUGACUUGGCAGUGGACUUGUUGAUCAAUCUGCUGCUCAAUGUGUAUGAUAAAGACAGAAAAGAGCCAAUCAGAGUGCUGGCGGCUAAGACCUUGCUUAUCAUCCUAAGUGAGGAAUCUGUGUCAGACAAAUGGGCAGCCCUAGCUAAUUGCUGCGCGGACCACAAUGGCUGCGUGUCGCCGCGGCGGCUGGCAGCCCUGUUGUCGAAUAUAGCCGCCCUGCCAGAGUUAUUGGGCGAUCCGUGCGAACAGAUACAGAGCGACAUUGACAGUUGCUUUGAUAAGAGCGCCGGCAUGCUGGGCGCGCCGGCGCGCCUCGUGGCGGCGUGGGGCGCGGGCUGCGCGCGCGCGGGCUGGCUGGGCGGCAGCGCGCGCGUGCGCGCCAGCAGGAACAGCUCCUGCGUCAGCGCCAAGUGCGCGCAGUGUCGGGCGCCGCUUAUACAGGUUCUAAAGUUCAAAUGUUCAAAAUGCUGCGAUACGUACUUCUGCGAAAAGUGCUACCUGUACGAUAAAGACUUGACAACAGUCAGUGGGCACAAGAAUAGUCAUUUAGUUCACGAGAUUAUUGAUGGAGAGACAAAACCCCAAGAAUGUAUAAGUUUCAUCAAAACAAUGAGACGCUUCUUCUUCUGCACCAAAACGAGGAAGAAGGCCAAGAAGAAAGCCACAAAGAAAGCGACUAGCAUGACGAAAGAGAAGGAGACAGUUAAGAAAGAGAGGCCCACUAUGUUCACGUCGACUGUGGGGAAGGCGUCGGGACACGUGAAUAAUAACCCAACAAGCAUGCUGCAGGAUAUUAUAGUGCAGUUGGAAACACAGAACAAAGCUCUAGAAGAACUUUCAGCUCAGUUACAGAACGCAAAGGAUCCUGAAGAGGGGCUGCGAGUGAAGGUGGACGCUCACUGGAGCCAGAUAUCCAAGCAAAUAAACAGGCUGAAAAUAUUAAAGGAAAACCUCGCAUCCAACACAACGCUACCUACAGCAGAACCCGAACACCCUCAAGCCUUUGAUCUCUUCAGUCCCAUACUCACACUAGAACAUAGCGACAAGCGCUCCAAGCAGUCCCAGGCUCCAAGAAUACUAAGUUUAGACUCCGGGAACUUCUCAGUGAUCUCCAAACAGGAGCCGCUGGUGACAGUGUCUGGAGAUGCCUUGAAGCCGGUGAUGGUGCAUAAGUCGGACAGUAUAUCAACGGUUUCUAUGAGGGAUAUCAGCAAUUGGUAUAAUGAAACAGAGCACGCAAGCAAGCAAAUAACGCUGCCAAACCAAGCAGACUGCACGUCCCAGUCCAUCGCGGCCACGGAGCAGCAGUACGCGGCCGACAUCCGCUCCGUGGAGACCAGCAACGACAAGAUGAAGGAGCUCAACGCUGACCUGGACACGGUGCUGGACCGCCUGCAGCAGAUAUUGACUAAUAACUUCGCUAUGGAUGAGUCUUCGUUCGACAACAACCAGCUGCGUGAGACCGCGAACGAGAUGGAAGGCCUGCUCGGGACGCUCAUCCGCGGCGUGGAGCAGAGGGCGACCCUCAACGCUACUAAAGAUCUAGUCUAGUGUUAACCCUUUCAACGCCGCGCCAUUGUGAACCUUGCCGGAAUCAAAGAGAAUUUGAAAUAGAGGUGGAUUGUCAAAAAAAAAUUUGUGGCCACAGUAAAUUUACUGCCAUCUUUCGACACAUGAUUAAAACUUUUAGAACGCCAUUUGAUUUUGAUCCUUAUUUAUUCACUGAUUUGUAUUAAAUUUGUUAAAUAUCAAAAAGUGGCGCCCUCUUACCGGGCAUCAGUUAAAAGUAGUGGCGCCAUCGUUCGAAACGAUGCCACACCUUUGGUCUUUGAUCUAAUAGAUAGUGUCACAUUUAACACAAAUCUGUGAAAGAAUAAGGAUCAAAGUCAAAUGGCGUUCUAAAAGUUUUAAUCAUGUGUCGAAAGAUGGCAGUAAAUUUACUCUGGUCACAAAGUUUUCUUUGACAAUCCCCCUAUUUCAAAUUCUCCUUGCCUGAAUGCACGAAGGUUGACAUAAGGCUGUGGCUGCGCGCGUCAGCUGACGAGCGGUCAAAGUGCUAUCGGGUCCAGGAAACAGUAGAGCUGUUUUAGGCGCAUAUCACACUGGAUCCGAUUUGCACGUCGCUCCGAUGUUUGAGCGAGACAACGCUAUGCGCGUAUUACCUAUAGCGACAUCUCGCUCGCACAUCCAAUAUGCCAAGCGCCUUACCCGUUUUAUUUACCACUUGUAAGCUGUUAAUAUUUUCUUUGUGCUUUAACCAGCUGUCCGACCGACGGCAAUCAGCGAUAACCGAGCUUUUUCUACAACGACAAGUUUUUUUUAAACAUGAUUUUGGUCGGCAUUGUAAAUUUUCGGCAAUCAACGUUUUAAAAAAUGUAUAUGUUUAAUAUACAUACAUUUUGGCGUUUUAAAUGUAUAUAAUAAUGUAUGUGUGUAAUGUAUGUGUAUUUCACACAAAAUCUAAUAGUCGAUCGCUUGUCGCUUACUCGCCGCCGGUCAGGCAGUUGAAGCAUGCAACAGCAUGUUGAAUAAUGACUAUUUCUCCACAAUAAAGAGGCCUUCUUAACAUAUAUAACUGUAUAUUAUACCAUAAUUUACUCUAGUAUGAGCCAACAGACAUACCGUAAUACCACCCAACUGUAGUCUGGUACUAAGAGAAUUUGAAAUAGAGGGGGGCUGUCAAAGAAAAUUUUGUAGCCACAGUAAAUUUACUGCCAUCUUUCGACACAUUAUUAAAACUUUUAGAACGCCAUUUGACUUUGAUCCUUAUUCUAUUACUGAUAUGUGUUAAAUUGUUUAAAUAUCAAAAAGUGGCGCCAGAUCAAAGGCUUAAGGUAUGGCAGCAUCGUUUCGAGCGAUGGCGCCAUAAUCUUUAGGUAGUGCCCGGUAAGAUGGCGCCACUUUAAGAUAUUUAACAAAUUUAACACAUCAGUGUAAGAAUAAGGAUCAAAGUCAAAUGACGUUUUAAAAGUUUUAAUCAUGUGUCGAAAGAUUGCAGUAAAUUAACGUGGCUACAAAGUUUUCUUUGACAAUACACCUCCAUUUCAAAUUCUCUUUGCUAUAACUAUGGUCAAAGAGAAUUGAGUAUAGAUGCGUAUUGUCAAAGUAAAUUUUGCAGUCAACUAAAUUUACUGCCAUAUUUCGACACAGGACUAAAACUCUUAGAAUGACAUAUUGCUACUACUGACCCAUGUGUCGCCAUCUAUUCGAGCAUUUUUUUUUCUUGAUUUUUCUAGGCACGUUUUUUCUUAGACUUUAUUUAUCCACAAUUUCAGGACGUAAUUAAGUAUACCAAUAAAGUAGUACCAAUGUCCUUUUUAGUCUUUUCUGCGCUUUCUCUUACAUUUUAUAAAGUGGUUUUAGAGCAGAGGUUUAAUUAAUUAUUGUUAUUCUUUCUUUUCUUUUGUCUUAUUGCGAAUUACAUGUAUUUUGACAUGUGUAAUAUAGUGUUAAUUUUCAAUAACAAAUAAAUGAUUGAGAGUUAGACCAAGCUAAGUUGACAGACUGUGCAAGUCAAAGAUUUUAAAAGUAAACAAAUAUCAAAUAAUAAUCCGUAAAUAGACAAGAAUAUUUUGGACGAUAGUUGGAGCUGUGGACUACAUGGGUGGUUACGGUACUUUCUGUUGUGUUUGCUGUUAGACAUCGCUGGGACACGAUAGUAUGUUCGUGUCAUCCACGAUGACGCGCAGAUUUGUCAAAUCUAACCUUUAAUAACAUGACAAUACGACUCAAGGCAGGCGUCUUCGUGAAUGACACGAUCUAUAAGUUAGGUAUACUGUGAAGCUUAGUCAUACUAUUGGGAGCGUGCACGAUGGCAGCGCCGCUUAGCGUUCGCAACUACUGGGGAGCUGUCAAAUAAUGAGCUCAACAAAAUUAAAGAUUAUUCCUUAAAAAUGUUUACUAUAAUACAGUUACCAAUGUGCGGAAUCUUUCGUUUUUAAUGUGAAACACACUUGGCUUUAGCUUUACUGAAAAUAGUCAGAAUUAUCUGUGUAUUUUAUAUUAAUCGGUGAAUUUUCUUCGUCGUUGCUUCGUUACAAAUUCAAUGAAAAAAAUGUAUGUUUCAUUAUGUUUCGAUGGCCCACUUCGUGAUCGUCUCCCUGGGGAUACGUAUGAUGCUUUCAAGUAUAAAAGUUUUGCUCUUC